AGACUUAUCUACAAACUGCAAAGCGAUAUGUCAAUCUAUGAAUCUUUGAAAAGCACGUUGAUGAAUGGCGAAGAAAUGCCAAAGGAACUCCAGGUUAAAGCCUGGGGAGCUCAAUGGCACCUCGAUCGUUGGAGCUCAAACCGACAAGAGAUCAUGAACCGAAUGGAGGAGAUUGCUAAAGAUCUUGACGGAUUGGAGAAGGCUUCAGCCAUCGCAACAACUGUCGGAAGUUCCGUUGAUAUUGCAUCUGGACUUGCAGUUUUCGGAGGACUAUUCUUCAUGCCACCAGUUGCAAUUGCUGGUCUCAUCGUUGGAGCAGCUUCCGGCGUCUCAAAUGUCGCAACUGGAGUGAACAAGAAGCUUGCUACCGAUCAUAAAAUCAGAGAAAUCAAUCGAAUGCUCGCGGAGGAUGCGAAGUUUUUUGAGGAACUUCUUCAUUCGAGAAAUGAUUUGUUGAACGAAGUGAGGAGAUUUGUGGAGGACAAGCAAUCGUCAAAGAUUUUCAAAAACUUCGACGAUGUCCAGUCUCAUUUGAAAACACUUUUUGGUGUUUCUCUCGCCGGAAUCACAGGAUUCGGAAUUAAAAUGGCCGCAUCUUCCAUGGGCCAUCUCACGAAUGCACUUAUGAAAGGAAUGCUGCAGAGCGUUGCAGCCAUCGGAAUCGUUCUGGACGGUGUUACCCUGGCCAUGAGCGCUAAUACGCUUAAAAACGGAUCUUCCUCUGAAUUGGCAGGAAAAAUUCGUGAAGCUUCCGGCAAGAUGGAAAGGAUGCGACACAAUGUUGUAACCAACUUCUUGAAUUACGACGCCUGGAACAGCGAUUAGUUUUCACUUUUCAAAGUUUCUUGAUUUUUUUCUUGUUGAUUUUCUUUUCUUUUUGUUGUUUUCUCGUUGUUAUUUUUCUUGUUGUUGUUCUUAUAAAAUCUGACACUG